GAAAGAACACAAGAAUUAUAGAUUAUACACAAAGUUCUGAUCACAUUUUUACGAUCUCCAUGGCUAAGAAAAACAGGGAAGAAAUUGUUAAAAGCUUAAUGAUGCUUAAGCUUUUUGUUAGAAAGAUACAAAGGGGUCUCAUGCAUUCAGCAUCUAAAGGAUCAAGCCCCAACGCCAAUAAGUUAAAAAAAGAGAUAGAGGCUGCAAAAAUGGUUCCAAAAGAUGUGAAGCAAGGACAUUUUGCAGUAAUUGCAGUGAAGGGUGGAGAACCAAAGAGGUUUGUUGUGGAACUGGAAAACCUUACUAAUCCAGCAUUCAUGAAGUUACUGGAGGAAGCUGAAGAGGAAUAUGGAUUCCAGCAGAAGGGAGUUCUUGCAGUCCCUUGUCAACCUGAAGAAUUACAGAUAAUUCUAGGUGACAGGAAAAAGAGAAGAAUGAGUACUGAAUGGUAGGGUGCAUGUAAAUCGUAGUGUAAUGCUACCUCAAACUGCUUUUGGGAAGAAAAGAAGUCUUGUCUUUAUCUUUCAGGGUAGCUUCUCAAAUUCAUCAGUUCUUGGUUUCCUAGAGCAGAGACAUGACUCUAGCCGAUUAUUCUUUUGCGACUUGAGUAUUCGUUGUGAGAAGUAAUAAAUAUUUGUAAUAAUUAGUUCAGACUAAGACUUAGUUGAGUGGAUUGUAUAUUGUGCUCUAUAAAUAGCAAAGAAGAAUUGUGGAUCA